AUGGAUUCAAACCCUCCAACUCAUUCAACGGCCAUCUCUGGAGAUCUUCCCAUCCGCAGUGGUAAGCCGAUGGAGCCGUCUACUUCAGCAAAGAUCGAGAAUGGUCCCUCCCAAGAGUCCUCAGGUCCAUGCAAGUCAGUCAGAAUUGAAGAAGUCCCAGAAGACGACCCAGCCAAACCCAGGGCCAAGGUCAGUGAACCUCAAACCAAACUGGAUGAUGAGAUUGCCCUCAGAGCAGGCGAGAUCAUGGCAACUACGGCCAAGAAGUCCAGACGCCAAAAGCCUAAGAGCAAGCGUGGCCAAGGCAAGCCCACUGGAUUUGAAGAAUACUGUGCCGAUGGUCCCCUUACGCCGGAGGAGCAUGAAGAAACCCGUCAGCUAUACGACCCGCGUAUCCAAGAAGCUCUUACCCGCUUUCAAUGGAAGCGCCGCAUGGAAAAUGACCGACGAGCCAUUUUCUUCAAGUACCUGCAGUACGGCGGAGUGGAUGCCAGCCAGAAUUACGGGACUGGAGUUUCCCCCAAGGAGUUGAAGCAAAUGUCAAAUGACGAGGCGCGCCAGGCUCGUAGCCAGACCAUGAUCCCACGGGACCGGCAGAAACAGGAGGUCAACUUUGAAGAGGUGGUUCGGGGUUUCCUGAGCUGUUAUUAUGCCAACCACUACAACCCAGACAGCCAAGAGAGUAUCAAGCUUGCGACUGGGACUAUUCGAAACCUCCUUACGUAUCUUCUCUUCCAUGAUGUGUGUCCCGAGUACAAGGACAACAUAAUCAAGGCACGGCAGAUCUGCGAUAUCGCCUCGGUAGAACUUUGGAAGAAUGUCCAACUGAUUCAGCAAGGUCCUGGGAGCUUUAACCAAAGCUGCUCCCUGCUUUUCGGAGGUAGAUACCAUGGAAGUGGCGAGGAAACCAACGAUUGGGUUCCAGCACAGAGUUGGGCAGACCGCAAUCUCACCCCCGACGCCGCUCGCAAGGUCGUCAAGUUUGCGAUUGCUGGUAUUGCAUCCCACGGGCAGGCUAGUCGGUUCCAGGAGUUGGCGACCAAGGGCGAACUCUCAGCCAAGCAAAUCCCAGACAUCGACGGCUUCGAAGUGAUCUCCGUCAGCAAGCCCGAGGCUGAUGUCCGUGAUUUCUACCACGGAUUUGCUCCAGACCUGCCCAUCGUUGGGAAAAUCAAAGCCAGAUCAUUCCUCAACCCAGCUAAGCCGGAAAUUGACAUGAGCCCCAAAGAGCGUAAAGCUUGGCAAGAGGGCAAGGGCCCCGAGUAUGACUUUGAGUUCUUCCUCGAGGAAGAUCUUCUUCAGCAUUGUUACCCUGGCUUGCGAAUCGCGUCUGCUAUCUGGGAAAUCAAUUGCGGAGUGUACUACUUUGAUGAGAUCAUCUCGGCAUAUCCUUCGUUCCACUUGGUUCUUGCGAAUGAUUUGAUGCUCCGCUGGAAGACACCCAAAGAAAUUGUUGGUGAGAAGCCCAAUGUUCUGGAUGCACAGGCUGAGGACGUGCCGCUACCAGAGCCGGAGGACCACGAGGAUGAUGAAGAGAAGAAGCUGGAUGAUAUUACUGAAGCGGUCAAGGCAGCUCUCAGGGCCAGUGGACUUGACAAGGAGGCAGAGAACGUUGGUAAAGGGUGA